AUGCCUUUCCGUUGGGGUCCCGAGGCGGAGGGGGCAUUCGUCAAGAUUAAGAGACUCUUCUCCUCCGCUCCUAUCCUGGUGCACCCCGAUCGCACUCGCCAGUUUGUGGUGGAGACUGAUGCUUCCAACACUGGGGUGGGAGCCGUGCUUUCGCAAGUUUCUUCCUCUGACAAUCGGCUGCACCCUUGCGCCUUCCUCUCCAAGAAGCUCUCACCAGCAGAGAGAAAUUAUGACGUAGGGAACCGAGAGCUUUUAGCAGUCAAAUUGGCUCUGGAGGAGUGGAGGCACUGGCUGGAGGGAUCUGAGAAGUCUUUUAUCGUCUGGACCGACCAUAAGAACUUGGCAUACCUCCAGACGGCCAAGAGACUGAACUCACGCCAAGCUAGAUGGGCGUUGUUCUUCGGAAGGUUCAACUUCACUCUCACGUACCGCCCGGGGUCUAAGAAUGUCAAACCAGAUGCCCUGUCCCGACAAUUCGACACCUGUCCUGAGCGUGCUGUGCCUGACCCCCAGCAGAUCUAUGCUGCAGUGAAGCAGAGGAGAGCAGCCAGAGCACAGAGAGAGUACCUCCCCCUGGAGCCUGGGCAGGAGCAGGGGUCAGAGAGGGACAGUGAUGAUGAUGAUGAUGAUGACCAUGACCAACAAAUCCAGUUUGCUCCAAAGCUCAAGACCCUUAGACAGAGGAUUGCUGAGGAGAUGAGAGACAGUGAGGAUGACGGAAUGGGCAGUCAGGGAGACGAAGACCAGACUCUGUGGGAGGAACAGCAAAUCAGAAAAGGAGUCAAGAUGUUCAAGGAGACUGUGAGAGCGACGAAGAAAUGUGAUCUUCCUGCAUCUCUUCCACAAAUCAGUAUCGACAUUGUAAAAAAGAGAGUCAGUGCAAAGCUGGGUGCACUGGGGCAGGUGCACAGGGGCAGGGCGAUGGAGUUGCGGAGGAUCCAGCAGGAGAUGGAGAGUGCGCGGGCUGCCCUGGACCAGCUGGAGAACGGAUCCCCUCAGGAGCAGCACAGCUUCUACAAGCGCAUGCGGCUGUACAGCCAGAACCUCCUGCAGUGUCUGGGGGAGAAGGUGGUGGAGAUUAAUGCCAUGGAGCUGGAUAUGUGCACUCUCCUGAGCGACCAGGCUGAGGCGCUGCUGGGCCGCAGGCGUGAGGCCGUGAGGGAGGAGUCUACCCAUCUGCAGCUGCAGGCCUGGACCCUGUCAGAAAGGCACUUUACAGAUGAAACAAAGAACAUUUUGACAAAAACCAGGAUUGAACCCCCAAAAACCAGGACUGAACCCCCAAAACGCAAGCGAGAUAAAACGGAAGGUGGACAUGCACACAACGCCCAGUUAGAGGUGCUGGGGCAAAGAUCUGGCUGUGUUGAUGAGGGCCUGCCGAAGGGGGAUCAGCCUCUCCCUGAGGAGGAUGCAGAGCUGUGUAGGAGGAGAGAUGAGAUCCUGAAGGAAGCAGAGAAUAUCUUUGUGGAUGUUCAUGAAGACUUCUCCGACGUGAGGAACAUUCUGUCUAAGUUUGAGGAAUGGAGAGUCUUGUUCCCAGAGUCGUAUGACAACGCGUACAUCAGCCUCUGUCUCCCCAAGCUCCUCACUCCUGUCAUCAGACAUCAGCUCAUCGGCUGGAACCCCUUAAAUGUACCUACUUUUUUAUUCAGUCAUUUGGCAGAUGCUCUUGUCCAGAGGGGCACACGGUGUCUCAGGAAUACAAAAAUACAAUAUUAUAACUGUUAUUGUUAUUUAGCUGAUGCUUUUAUCCAAAACAGUGAGGAUGACGGAAUGGGCAGUCAGGGAGACGAAGACCAGACUCUGUGGGAGGAACAGCAAAUCAGAAAAGGAGUCAAGAUGUUCAAGGAGACUGUGAGAGCGACGAAGAAAUGUGAUAUUCCUGCAUCUCUUCCACAAAUCAGUAUCGACAUUGUAAAAAAGAGAGUCAGUGCAAAGCUGGGUGCACUGGGGCAGGUGCACAGGGGCAGGGCGAUGGAGUUGCGGAGGAUCCAGCAGGAGAUGGAGAGUGCGCGGGCUGCCCUGGACCAGCUGGAGAACGGAUCCCCUCAGGAGCAGCACAGCUUCUACAAGCGCAUGCGGCUGUACAGCCAGAACCUACUGCAGUGUCUGGGGGAGAAGGUGGUGGAGAUUAAUGCCGUGGAGCUGGAUAUGUGCACUCUCCUGAGCGACCAGGCUGAGGCGCUGCUGGGCCGCAGGCGUGAGGCCGUGAGGGAGGAGUCUACCCAUCUGCAGCUGCAGGCCUGGACCCUGUCAGAAAGGCACUUUACAGAUGAAACAAAGAACAUUUUGACAAAAACCAGGAUUGAACCCCCAAAAACCAGGACUGAACCCCCAAAACGCAAGCGAGAUAAAACGGAAGGUGGACAUGCACACAACGCCCAGUUAGAGGUGCUGGGGCAAAGAUCUGGCUGUGUUGAUGAGGGCCUGCCGAAGGGGGAUCAGCCUCUCCCUGAGGAGGAUGCAGAGCUGUGUAGGAGGAGAGAUGAGAUCCUGAAGGAAGCAGAGAAUAUCUUUGUGGAUGUUCAUGAAGACUUCUCCGACGUGAGGAACAUUCUGUCUAAGUUUGAGGAAUGGAGAGUCUUGUUCCCAGAGUCGUAUGACAACCCGUACAUCAGCCUCUGUCUCCCCAAGCUCCUCACUCCUGUCAUCAGACAUCAGCUCAUCGGCUGGAACCCCUUAAAUGUACCUACUUUUUUAUUCAGUCAUUUGGCAGAUGCUCUUGUCCAGAGGGGCACACGGUGUCUCAGGAAUACAAAAAUACAAUAUUAUAACUGUUAUUGUUAUUUAGCUGAUGCUUUUAUCCAAAGUGACUUACAGUUGAUCAGAAUAAGCAGGGCCCAAUCCCCCCUGGAGCAAU